UGCAUCAGAAGUUCAGAGCUUUUCCUUAGAGAGGAAUGAAAUGGUAAAUGUAAGUGUUGUAGACUAACUUUGUAGCAUUUUUUGUGUUCCUUUAAUUGGCAUGGAGUAGAAGACAUCAGUUUAAUUUUUUUAGCUAUGUCUUGUCGUGAACAAACGAUAUUUUAAAUGUGGUGCUUCUACUGGUGCUCAUCUGAUCAAAGCUCUGCUGACAGCAAACCCACAGCUCAAUGGGAACACUGUCAGACUCAGCGGGGCUGUGUUGGUUACCCCUCCUCAGGUGCUGUUCCUGGCCAUGGUGCAGUGCCAGGAUGAGAUGGGAGCAGUUGUUCUCUCCUCCAGCUGGGCCUCUGUGUAUUCCAUUUAUUGCAGGCAGUAUGUACAGUGACUGGAGUAAUUUACAGAAAUGUGGGAGAAGUGAAUUUUCUUGUGAAAUGUAGGAACUGAGUGUUAUAAAUGACACCUGUAAACUUGAAACAAAAAAAUUUGGUGUGUUUGGGUGAGCAGUUCAUAGAGUGGAUUGUGACAAGCUUUCUCUUCUGUCUGUGCAGAUUGGUGUGUUCAUAAGAUGCUGAUAGGAAACUUCCAGCAGAUUUGUUUAAAUUGACAGGAUAGUUGUAGAGUUCCACAGUACUGUCCCAAAGUGGGUGGAAAGUAAGUUACAAUGGUCAUGAAUGUUUUCUGUGUGAAAAACAUCUUUGUAUGUGAUAAUUAAACAGAGUAUGGAGAGAAUAGGGUAUGGAACAGGAACAUCAUUCUGAUGUUACAUACUCUUGCAUGAUGAAAGUGGUAAAAUUUUCAUUUUACUAUUUUUCAUUGGUUACCUGGAGCCAGAAUAAGGAGAAAAUAAGAACUACUGUGUUUACUCACAUGUGCAUCAUUCCCCAAGUGUCAGGCUCUGCUUUAAGUGGCACUACAGAAAAAAUGGAAAGAAGGCAACAGUAGAGACAGAAGAUACUCUUACCCCUCUGAUACAGGUGAAUUAAUUUUGGUCUUUUUUUUAAUAAUGUGGCAGAAGCUAAUAGCAAAAAACUGACUGCCCCACUCAGUGUGUCCCUGAGGACUCCUGGGUGCACAGGUAAUUUGCAUGAAGAUGCCAUAUCUUCAACAUCAUCUUCAACCCUGCAGAGGGUCAUUAGGCAUUGGAAGGGGCUGUCCCAGAGAGGUUUGGAGUUCCCCUUACUGGAGGUGUUCAAGGAAUGACUGGAUGUGGCACUCAGUGCUCUGGGUGACAAGGUGGGGAUUUGGUCACAGCUUAGACUCAGUGGUCUUGGAGGUUUUUUCCAACCUCAGUGAUUCUGGAAUUCUGCCCAGCUCACAGAGGUGCCACUGCAGGCACUGUUUGCAGAGAACUUGGACAUGCUGAUUCCUACCACCUCCAAUGCAAGAAAAUUUCUGAAAAGGAUUGGGGAUUUUCUCUAAAUGUUUAGUGUUUACAAUUCAAUAGAAUACUUUGUUCUGAUGAGAGCUAACCCAGCACAGCAUAAGCUGCAAUUUGCUGGUACAAGCAUCUGGUAUCUGCUUAGGGCUGUCAGUGGGGGUUAGUUCCCUUUGCUAUUUUGUGGUGGAAGCUUUGAUGAGAAAGUGAAGUGAGAGGACUCUUAUAAAUUGCAAUAUGUGUCUCUUUUGGGUGACUGUGCUGUGAGAAGAGGGCAGGAUCUCUCAAGAGACUGCAGCACUGGGUAUGUACACUUGCACAUUAUAUAUAUAACCAUUUCUACUCACCAGAGAAUCAAAAGGAGAAAAUGGUUUGAGAAAGGCAGAGUGGGUGCCUCAGCUGUUUUACUUUUCCCCUGUAUGCUGGUAAAUGGUCAGUGCUCCCUGAGCACUGUUUGUUUAACAACUAAAAAGAAAGCAUUUCGUGUCACUCCAAAGAGUAAAUAUCUGAAGUUAUGGAUUAACUAAGUUCCAGCAGAGCUCAUGGAGGAAGAACAGAUCACACUGAUUCCCACUGAAUAAAGCAGUAAGUGCUUCAAAAGUAUUGUAUCCUUUGAGAUUUCUAAGUACAGCUUGCUUUAAUGGAGCAUGAAACUUGUAAAAAAUGUCCAGUGACAAGGGGAGGGUGUGAGGACAGGCCAGAAGUUUUCUGGGAGAGCUGCUGAUGUAUUAAAGGGAACGAGCAAAGCAGUCUGAAGGGACCUUAGUGAACAGCCACUCCAGAGCUGGAGUCAGAGACAGGGCACAGCAGAGCAUUCAGCAGAGAAGUGGCUUUCUGAAAAGCCAGUGAGUGAGCUGGCUGGGUGGGAACUGUCUGCAGCAGGGUCUUGUGUCACUCAGCAAUGUGCUCUUCUUGAUGCCUGCCCUCUCCUCCUCAGGUAACUCCUGCUGCAGGAUGUGGAAGCUCCUCACUGUGGGGCUGCUGCUGGCUGCCUGCUCUUUCUGGGGCUGCUGCACCUCAAUAUUUUACAGCAGUAAAGAUGCAAACCAAGUCCUGAGAAUCCAGAAGAGGUCAAACACUUUCCUGGAGGAGCUCAAGCCAGGCUCUGUGGAGCGUGAGUGUGUUGAAGAGCGCUGUGACUUUGAGGAGGCCAGUGAGAUAUUUGAAACCAGGGAAGAAACACUAAAUUUUUGGAGCAAGUAUGUAGAUGGAGAUCAGUGUAAACCAAAUCCUUGUUCCAACGGGACCUGCAAGGACAGUAUUGGAAAAUUUUCCUGCAUCUGUAACAAAGGCUGGGAGGGGGUUUUGUGCAGUUAUGAGGUCAAAUACAGCAACUGUUCCAUGGACAAUGGGGGCUGUGAACAUUUCUGCAGGGAGGACCCUGCUGAGCAGCAUCGCUUGUGCAGCUGUGCAUCGGGGUAUCAGCUCAAGGAUGACCACACCACGUGUGAGCCUGUAGUGGAGUUCCCCUGUGGAAGAGUGAAGUCAGACUACAUUGAAGCCAAAGCAGACUUCAAUAUUCGGCUCAUUGAUGGAACAGCUGGAAGAAAGGGAGGCAGCCCUUGGCAGAUUAUGCUGCAAAAUACCGAAGGGAUGUUUCUGUGUGGGGGUGUUCUCAUCCAUCCAUCUUGGGUCCUAACAGCAGCACACUGCCUUGAGGAACACAAGGGGUUCAAAGUUAAACUUGGUAAAUUCCGUUUCCGUCCUGAGGCAGAUGAGCAAACCAUUUGGGUUGAUAAAUGGGUGACACACGAAAAUUACACCAAGACGACCUCAGAUAAUGACAUAGCCAUGCUGCACUUGGCUGAGCAUGUGAUGUAUUACACAUACGCCCUCCCCAUCUGCCUUCCCACCCGCAACCUGGCGGAGCAGGAGCUGAUGAGGAGCGGGAAGCAGGCGGUGGUGACGGGCUGGGGCACCAUGAGCGAGCGGAACCACACCUACGCCCCUUUUCUCAGGUACAUCCAGAUCCCCAUCGUGCCCCGCAACGAGUGCGCCCAGGCCAUGCGCUCGCACGUCUCUGACAACAUGCUGUGUGCUGGGAGCCUGGGCGACAGGAAGGACUCCUGCCGCGGGGACAGCGGCGGCCCCAUGUUCACUAGAUACAAGGAUACUUGGUUUUUGGUAGGGCUGGUCAGCUGGGGUGAAGGCUGUGGAAGAAAGGGGAAAUUUGGAGUCUACACCAAAGUUAGUCAGUACCUUGAGUGGAUCCAGCACCACAUAGAUAAGUCAGCUCCUUUGAAGGGUUAAUUCUGAUCCAGAGUCUGGAAUGUUGUGACUCUGUGCUAGUGACAGUAUACACUAUAAUGUACUGUCAGAUCUUCAGUAUUAAAUAUUGAGUAUGUGCUAA